UCGUUCAGUCUUGACUCAAACCUGCUAGCUUCGUGAAACCUAAUCUCCGUCUUUAAUCUCCUCGCCUAAGCCUGCCUAUUUUUUUUGCCAGAGCAAGCUUGCGUUGUUUUAGUUCUUAGAGAACCCAAUUUUGUAGUGUUUUAUUUGAGUAGAUUCGCCAUGGAUUUCUCAGACGACACGGAUUACACGUGUCCCUUGUGUAUGGAGGAGAUGGAUUCGACAGACAGGAAGUUCCAGCCGUGCCAGUGCGGCUAUCAGAUUUGUCUGUGGUGCUGGCACCACAUCAUGGAGAUGGCCAAUAAGGACCAUCUAGAACCUCGCUGUCCAGCCUGCCGGUCGCCCUACAGCAAAGACAAGGUCGCUUCCAACGGUCCCGAUCUCGACGAUUUCACGGAGUCGGAGAAACGAUCCAAGACGAAAUCCCGGCCGAGGAGCGCGUACGCGACGGCGGAGGGGCGGCGGCAUCUGAGCAACGUGCGCGUGGUUCAGAAGAACCUCGUCUACGUCGUCGGGAUUCCGCUCUCCGUCGCCGACGAAGAGACUCUCGAGCGGCGUGACUACUUCGGCCAGUACGGCAAGGUCGUCAAAGUGGCCGUCUCUCGCUCGAACUCCUCUUUCGGCGGCUCCAUCCAUCCUCCCUCCGCUAACGUGUACGUGACGUAUCUGAGGGAGGAGGACGCUCUUCGCUGCAUCCAGGCCGUUGACGGAUGCCUCUUCGAGAAUCGAACUCUGAGGGCGUGUUUUGGCACUACCAAAUACUGCAACGCCUGGCUGAAGAAUCUGAUCUGCAACAACCCGGAUUGUUUGUACCUCCACGAGUUUGGGACGCAAGAAGACAGUUACACUAAGGAGGAGAUGGUGCAGAGGCAUGGGAUCAGCAAGCACCCCCUCCGUACUUCGACCCGUCGCAUGCUGUCAAUCGCCGUGCCGCCAACGGGCUGCCGCCGUCGCUUGACACGCAGUUGGAGAAGGUCAAGCUCGGCUGUGCCGUCAGCGAGCCACCCGGCGACGACAGCCAAGGUGUUCACGCUGGGCCCGUCAACGGCGCCCAAGACUGGAGGCCUGCUCCCCGCAGCCGCCUCGUGGGGCUCGAGGGCCGGAAAAGUCGUCCUUUCCGCGUCAAAACCGGCUACCACCAGCACAGUUUCGCCAGCGAUAUCCGUCCCAGCAGCGAAACCCAUCCCUGCAUCCACGCCCACGACAUCCUCGUCAUGGUCCUCAUCCAACGGCCCACAAUUGUUCAAACCAUCCGCAGCGGUGCUCAGUGGCCGGGUAAUCCACGCCAGCGCGCACUCCCCUCCAGUGAUCUCACAUGUGAACGCCGCGCAGAGCGCAGCGGGCGCGGGGAUAGGGUUUGGGUCGUUGCAGGAUAAGCAGGCGCAUCGCAAGUCGCCGCCCAGCCUGCUGUCGCAAGCGGCGCCUGUGCGAUCCGCAGCGUCCACCACCGUGGGUUUCCAGCCCUCGGGAGCGUCGAAUUCCGCCGCCUCAGUCGCCAGAACAGCAGCAACGGCAGCCCUCGCCUCGGGGCCUGCAAGAGCGUCGUCCGCAGCAGUAGCAGCAGGAGCACCUGGAGCUAGUUUAGGCGGUUCGCAGCAGAGAGUAGCAGCUGGUGUCGCUGCAGCCGGUGCGGCCGGUUCGUUAGGCUCCGCAGCUGGUGGUUCGGGUGCAUCGGGUAGCGCACGGGGUAAAGCUCAAUCGCCGUCGAAGCAGAGGUCCCGGUUGGUGGUGCUGGGGCACGCGGCCCAGGCGAAGACUUCGUCGCUAGGCAGGGAAUCACCCACUCCCGCGCAGCUCGCGUCAGGUACCGCAUCAGGUGGUUCGUCAGGUGGGUUAGCAGGUGAGCACGACUACGCGUCUGCUGUGGCAGGUCGGGCUGCUGGUGGCGGGGCAACAGCAACGAGCAGCAGCGGAUCGAAGAAGGGUUUGAACGGGAUGCAUGCUCAUAAAGCGUCGCGGUCUGAGGAUAUGGAAGGGGUGGAGUGCGGUGAUGCCAGCACGAGCUCUAGUGCUGCCAGCGGCAGUAGGAAAGGGGCGAAGGAGGGGGGCAGCGAGAAGAGUGGGAAGGAAGGGAAAGGUAGAAAGGGUGCGAAAGACGAGGCGUGUAGAAAUAGCGAGACAGUCAAAAACGAGGAAUCGAAGAAGCGGGUUUCGAUGGAAGACUGCGUGGAGGGCCGGGAAGGAGAGAAGGAGAACACGGGGGCGCCGAGAGCAGGAGGCAAGGGCCAUGCGCAGCAGGCAGAGGGUGGUGAGAGUGGCGCAGGGAAGGGCGGUGGCGGGAAGAAAGGCAAGAAGAAGAAGGGUGAGAGCGGAGUAGUGCGAGUGAUGGUUGAGGCGGACGAUUCGCGGAGCUGGGAGGAGCUGCAUGGGGUGGAGGACGAGGAGGAGAAGCGGACGCAGGAGGAGAAGCGGAUGCAGGAGGUGGGUCAGGAGCGGGUCGAGAGGAAAGAGGGUGCGCAGGCAAGUGCGCAGGGUAGUUUACAGACGAGUUUGCAGGCAGCUUUGCAGAUUAGGGCGCUGGCGUUUGAUCCCAUGCGGCUGGAUGCUCUGAAAAGGUCAGCGAAAGCCGGUGAUGGCAGUGCAGGAGAGAAGGGAUCGGACAGGGGGAAAGAAGGCUGUGAGGGGGAUAAGGCGAAGGGGCGGAGUGACGCGGAUACUAGGGCGGGGAAGGUGAGUGGGCAGCCGGACAGAGGGAUUGGCAGAGGGGCUGGUUCGGAGGAAGAAGAGAAGACAAAGGCGAAAGUGGGUGGCCGUAGUGAAGGCGAGAAGAAGGGUAAGAAUAGAGGGCAGGCGGAGGGAGAUAAGAAGAAGUCAAAGGGGGCAGCAGCGAAGGAACCUGAUAAGGAUAAGUCGAAGGGGAGGGCUGAAAGGGUGGAGAAGCGUGAAGCAGCCUCGUCCAAACGUUCAAAGGCGGAGAGCAAGAAGAAAGACGAGGUUACUCAGAGCUCCACUCUAAGUCAAGAGCUGCAAACAGAUGUAAUCAGCGCAGCCAUGGAGGAAGAUAGACAGGAAGAGACGCAGGAGUCAGGGAGUGAGUCUGCUAAUAUGGAUCUAGAUGCGGAGCCAGAGGCAUCAACAGGGGCAGGCGAGGGUGAGGGGUUGAAGGAGGAGGGAGGGGUAGAGGAGGAGUGUCUUCCAGACGAGGAUGAGCUCUCAGUGCUGAUUGCUGGCGACAUGGUGGCAUCAGCAUCGGCUAUCCAGCUGCCAGAAGAUAGCGAGGGCGCAGAGAGUGCUGCUGAGGGGGAGCCGGAUCAAGCCAAGCGGGCUUCUGUGGGUGGUUCUGCUGGUGGGGCAGUUGCCAUGGGAGAGCAGGCGGGCAAGUCCAUAGAUGCGCCCAAGGGCAUGAACGGGAGCAUACUGCCGGCAAGACACGGUGCUCUAGUCGAAGCUGCAGCGCCAACGAGAGGCGAGGGGCGCGGGAAGGGCAGCGGAACGAGUCAAAGGGGCGGAACGAGUCAAAGGGGGAGGGGCAGCGGAACGAGUCGAAUGGGGAGGGGCAGCGGAACGAGUCGAAUGGGGAGGGGCAGCGGAACGAGUUUCAUGUGAUUGCGGACAUUCUCGACAUGGACGCGGACGAGUGGGGCACAGGGGCCUUUGCUCCUCUGGGGCGCUGUCUAAGCUGCUGCGAGGGAGCUUCAAGGACCCCCUGCCAGCACCAGAGGCAGGAACAGGGGCAGGAACAGGAGCAGGAGCAGGGGCAGGAACACGGGCAGGAACAGGGGCAGGAGCAGGGGCUGGAGUAGGGGGAGCAGGGGCAGGGGCAAGAGUGGUAUCAGGAGAAGAGGGUGAAGGGAAGGAUAGUGCUGCUGCCGCAACCCCGGAAGCAGUGGAAGCA